AUGGACCUGAAGAUAUUUAACCUAAACCUAGCAGGCUCUGUUGAUGCGCUGGAAAGUAACUGUGGCAGAGAGUUGGCCGCCCUGCCAGAAAAACCCCCAACCAUUGACUGGGCUCACUACAAGACUGCUGUUGCUAAAGCUGGCAUGGUGGAUGAGUUUCAGAAGAAGUUCAGUGCACUAAAGGUUCCUGAGCCAGUGGAUACACAAACUGCCAAAAUUGAUGCCCAAGAGCAGGAAGCUGCAAAGAGCACUGCUGAGUAUGUGCGGGCUUCCAAAGCUCGUAUCGCCCAGUAUGAGCAACAGCUUCAGAAGCUGAGAAGCAUGAUUCCCUUUGAACAGAUGACAUUUGAAGACUUGCACGAAGCCUUCCCUGAAACCAAACUGGACAAGGAGAAAUACCCGUUCUGGCCCCACAAACCGAUUGCUGAUCUGUAAACUUGUCUGGAAGCAGAUUAUCUAACGGCUGUCACGCUCUGUGAUCUUUUAAAUAAAGUACUUUCCCUCCU